AUGCUGGUUCGAGCAUCCGUAAUUCUCUUUGUGGUGCUGCUGCUGUGUCAGCUGGAUCCAUGUGCUGGUGAUAAUACAUCGAAUGCCAGCAACGCCACGUACUACAUUCAAUACGACCACGGCAUCGAGGUAGCAACGUACGACGGUGGCAGCACCAGCCAUCGAUUUCGACGGCGACUGGACGUCAUUCAAUCUGCCAAUCAAACGCUCACUAACGCCAACUCAAUUGUGCAGGCCGUGAUUGGGAUGGGCGAAUCGCUCAAGAAAAACAUCGACACUGUGCUUGCCGACCUCAACGCUAUUCAAACGCAAGGGCUGACUUUAGAUAGCGGCAACAAUACGCUGCACGAUGCACAAGCUGUGAUUCAGAACGGACUCCUCCUGACUACCCAAGUGCAAUCGCUGUUCCUCGCGUCCCAGCCUGCUACUACUGCCAUCCCGAUCCAAAACGACCCAACCAAUGUGCUUUCCGACGUGCUAACAACGAAACGGACACUAGAUAGUUUGGUGGGGGACAUCACGUCCAUCGGCACGUCAGGAUUGACAGUCGCUGCCGCCGCCAAAGUCAUUGCCAACCUUCAAGUGGCCGUACAAACGGGGCUCGUGGUCGCGAAAGACGGCAUCGACAUCAUCAACGCAGUGCAAAACGUCAUUUCCACGGGGGUGUCCAUUGCAGAAGGUCAAGUCAUUGCCUCGGCCAUCCAAUUGGUGUUGCAAAAAGGACUGGCAAACUUUGACUUGCAGCCCAAAGUGUGUCGCCGUCAAGCAUCGUUUCGCGGGGCCCCGUCCCCCCUCGUGAACCAAUGCUUGGCUAGCGAAGACCCACUUGGUCCGCUGUGUUUGCCCAAGUGUCGCACUGGCUACGAGCCUGCAGGAUUCGACAGCUGUCGCAAAGUUGGCUGCGCAGGGGGCACAUCCGAUCUGGGGCCGUGGUGCUCCAAACCCCCGUCAUACGAACGAAAUGGGUAUGCGUUGUGGGACCAAGCCAAAUGCAACAAGGAAAAGGGAACUGGUAUGUGUGAACAGUGCGCGCUGGUGUGGUACCCAAAGUGCAAACCGGGGUUCCAUGCGUUUGGAUGUUUCAUCUGUACCCCCGACUGUCCCCCCGGUACCAUCGAUGACGUUGCAUUCUGCCGGAAAGACGCCUAUUUUCGGGGGGUUUCAGGCUCGCGACUGGGGUGUCCAGCGGGAAAACAGCAGUCGCUUUUACUGUGCUACCCACCAUGCCCCUCCACCCACGAUGGCGCCGGACCCCUCUGUUCGCCUAAAUGUGGGGGCGACACUCCCACCAACUGCGGAUUAUUCUGCGCGUCCUCAACCGCUGCCUGUGCGGCAAGCGUCGUGCAGAUUGUAGGCACGGGGAUGCAUAUGGCAUUGAGUGCUAUUGCAUCGGAUUUCACGGGAGUGUUGUCGUCCGCAGUUGUACUGGGGACGAAAGUGAUCACGAUGGCGCCUUGUGCAGGCUUCAUUGGAGAAGCGUCACGCUCGGUCCACGACCUCUCAGGGGGGAUGAAGCGCAAGCUGUCGCUGGCUAUUGCCUUGCUCGGCGACAGCCAGAUCGUGUUUUUGCACGAACCGACAACCGCUGAAGAGCGCCGAGUGGACCCUGGCGCCGCGAGCCAGCAAGACGCCGUCGUGAUGAACCAGCUCCGUAAAAUGUACAAGGACGGCAAGGGCGAAUGCUUUGGCUACCUCGGCAUCAACAGCGCCGGCAAGACCACGACCAUGAAGAUGCUCACGGGGGACCUCGUCGCGUCGUCUGGGUCGGCCACGCUCGGGGGCUUUGACAUUUUAGCCCAGCAACUGGACGUGCGCCGGCUGAUUGGGUACUGCCUGCAGAUUGACGCGCUGAUCGAUUUGCUCAGUGUGCGCGAACACUUGGAACUGUACGCGGCCAUCAAGAGCAUUUCCGCCAUAAACGACACGGUGGCGACUCUGAUGACUCAAAUGAACUUAGACGACUAG